CUUUGUUUAGUGUGUGCGCGUAUGUUUUGGAAAGAAGAAUAUUGUUGCUUCGAAGAUCUGGCAGGAGAAUGGAAAUCCACUGGCCUGGCCGUUGUGCACGAUCUCACUGUUAUUCUGUCUGCGAUCUGAAAGAUUUCCUAUAUCGAUCAGUGAAGAUGUCAGAGGGGUUUGACACAAUGGGGGAAGGAGACACGCUUUGGGGAAUUGGACGCAUAAAGGUUGCCGAGGUCUUCGAAAGCACCGUAGGAUUGUGCUGCUGACGGUGAUCGUCCCUGGAGCUUGACUUGAAGCAAGCCGUCAGGUUGCGAUUGGAAUCGGAUUGCCUUGGUGUAUUGGAGCUGCACGGGGAUUCUCUCUAUUCCUGUGGGCCUGAUCAGUCACUGUUCGGUUGCGGCGCGCGGGCCCCCGCUAGCAGAUUAUGAAGACGAUGGAAGCCAAUGUGCUCGACUCGUUGAUCCCACGCUACAAAUUCCAAGGCAAUCAGACUCGAGUGGUGCUGUAUCAGGGAGAAAUGGCCGAAUGAAUUGCUUUGUGAUCUCAUUAUGAAGAAUUUUACAUGAAUUCAAAUUAGGAUCACUAGAAGAGGUAUAACGACGAGAUGGAUCCUUCAGUUCUUUUGGACAAGCCCAAUUCCACGCGGGAGAAUGUAUUCUCUCGCUCAUCGACUCAGAGAAAAGAAGAGGACGACGAGGAAUCACUAAAAUGGGCGGCCCUCCAGAAGCUUCCGACCUACGAUCGGAUGCGCACGGCCAUCAUGAAAACCAUUGACGCGGAUGGGAAGACGUCGCAGGCGGAGGUCGACGUGCGAAACUUGAGCUACGAGGAUCGACAGCAAAUCAUCUCCAAGCUGUUGCGCGUCACUGAGGAGGACAAUGAGCGCUUUCUUCUCAAAUUCCGAGAGCGUAUAGACAGGGUGGGUAUUGUUCUUCCCAAAAUCGAGGUGCGGUUUGAGCAUUUGAAUGUCGAAGCGGACGUUUAUGUUGGCAGCCGAGCGUUGCCAACUCUUCCAAAUUUCCUGUUGACCCUCCUCGAGACAUUAUUGAGUAAGAUCCAUCUUUCGCCAUCCAAGAAGAAAAGGCUCAAUAUUUUGCACGAUGUCAGCGGCAUCCUCAAGCCUUCGAGAAUGACCUUGCUUCUUGGCCCACCAGGCUCUGGAAAGACAAGCUUGCUGCUAGCGCUGGCUGCCAAGUUGGACAAAGCCCUCGAGGUUUCAGGGAAGGUUACUUAUAACGGCCAUGAAAUGCAUGAAUUUGUGCCGGAGAGGACGUGCGCUUACAUUAGCCAGCGCGAUCUCCAAAUGGGAGAAUUGACAGUUCGCGAAACGCUGGACUUUUCCGGCCGAUGUCAGGGCAUUGGUCCUCGAUUUGAAAUGCUCAUGGAGCUCUCAAGAAGAGAGAAGGAGCUCGGUAUCAAACCCGACGCAGACAUGGACGUCUUCAUGAAGGCCACAGCGCUACGAGGCCAAGGAACAAGUCUCAUGACAGAUUACAUUCUGAAGAUCUUGGAUCUGGAUAUCUGUGCGGAUACACUGGUGGGAGAUGACAUGCGGCGAGGCAUUUCUGGAGGCCAAAAGAAGAGAGUGAACACGGGAGAAAUGCUCGUGGGACCUGCGAAAGCGCUUUUCAUGGACGAAAUUUCCACUGGUCUGGACAGUUCCACAACGUAUCAGAUCGUCAAGUGCUUGCGCCAGUCGGUGCACGUACUCGACGGCACAAUGCUGGUCUCCCUCCUCCAGCCCGCUCCGGAGACCUUUGAGCUAUUUGACGACGUCAUUCUGCUUUCGGAGGGGCAGAUUGUGUAUCAAGGCCCGCGUGACCUCAUCGUGGACUUCUUCGAGAGCAUGGGGUUCCGGUGCCCAGAGCGCAAAGGCGUGGCUGAUUUCUUACAAGAGGUGACAUCCCGAAAGGACCAGGGACAGUACUGGUAUGACAAAUCCAAGCCCUACCAAUACGUUUCGGUGAACCAAUUCGCCGAAGCCUACCCCAAGUUCCACGUCGGGGAGAGGCUCUCUGAGGAACUCGCCACCCCGUUUGACCGAUCCAAGAGCCAUCCCGCUGCUCUUGUCCAUGAACGCUACGCUCUCAGCAACUGGGAGCUAUUCCAAGCAUGCUUGGAGCGGGAGAAGCUGCUCAUGAAGCGCAACAAGGCCAUCUACAUCUUCAAAUCCGUGCAGACAAGUCUUGUGGCCUUGAUCACGAUGUCUGUGUUCUUCAGGACUACGCUGGAGCCUAAUUCGCUCGGUGACGGCGGCUUCUACUUGGGUGCGCUCUUCUUCGCCCUCAUCAACAUGAUGUUCAAUGGGUUCGCUGAAAUGGCGCUCACCAUCCAGCGUCUACCCGUGUUUUACAAGCAGCGCGACCUGCUGUUUUAUCCUCCGUGGGCUCUCGUUCUCCCCACAUACCUCCUUAGGCUGCCACUGUCGUUCUACGAGUCCUUCAUAUGGAUCUGCCUCACGUACUUCACAAUCGGUUUCGCCCCGGAGCCGGGCCGGUUCUUCCGCCACUGGCUGGUGCUAUUUGCCAUGCACCAGAUGGCGCUCGGGCUGUUCCGACUGAUCGGUUCCGUGACGCGGAUGAUGAUCGUGGCACAAACUGGUGGAGCGUUUGCCAUUAUAGUGGUGUUCGUACUGGGAGGGUUCAUCAUCUCUCGGGAGAAUAUCCACCCUUGGUGGAUCUGGGGCUUUUGGAUCUCGCCACUCUCAUACGCACAGAACGCCAUAGCCGUCAACGAGUUUCUAGCAGAUAGAUGGAACAAGCCACCGGCUCAAGGACCAGCUAGUAACGCGUUAACUUUGGGAAGACAAGUGUUACUGAGCCGCGGGUUAUUUGCAGAUGGAAAGUGGUAUUGGAUUGGAGUGACUGUUCUCCUUGGAUACUCCAUCCUCUUCAACCUGCUCUACUGCUUCUUCCUCAAGGCUCUCAACCCUCUGGGUAAGCCGAACACCACGCUAUCCAAAGAAGCCCUUGAAGAAAAGGACGCCAACCGAACUGGCGAAGUACAUCCUCAUCACAAUGGCGAGGCUUUGAGCGGGAUACUAUCUCCAUCUCGGCGUUCGGAUGUCAGCCGCGAUCAGAACGGCACAGUUGGUAGUAGACCUUCACGUCUGUCUAAAUCAAUGUCCCGGUCAUGGGGAGCUCGGUCUUCUGGAUCGCGGUCGUCUGGGUCUCGCUCCGGGAAUACUUACGAGCAAGCGAUGAUGGAGGCCAAGGGUGUAGCACCCAGACGAGGGAUGGUGUUGCCGUUCACCCCGUUAUCCAUUGCCUUCCACCACAUCAAAUAUUACAUCGACAUGCCCCCUGAAAUGAAAGCCCAAGGUAUCACAGAGAAUAGACUGCAGCUGCUGAACGACAUCAGUGGGGCGUUCCGACCCGGCAUCCUGACAGCCUUAGUCGGCGUCAGCGGCGCCGGAAAGACCACCCUCAUGGACGUUUUAGCAGGAAGGAAGACAAGUGGCUACAUUGAAGGCGACAUCUUCAUCAACGGGUAUCCCAAAAAGCAGGCAACGUUUGCUCGAAUCUCUGGAUACUGCGAGCAGUUCGACAUUCACUCUCCGAACGUCACGGUUCACGAGGCUCUCAUGUACUCAGCUUGGCUUCGUCUCUCCAAGGACGUCAGCAAGUCAGUGCGAGAGGCGUUUGUUGAAGAGGUGAUGGAGCUGGUGGAGCUCAGUCCCUCUAGAUCGGCUCUUGUAGGCCUCCCUGGAGUAACCGGCUUGUCGACGGAGGCUAGGAAGCGAUUGACAAUUGCAGUGGAGCUUGUGGCUAAUCCAUCUAUAAUUUUCAUGGAUGAGCCCACGUCAGGGUUAGAUGCGCGAGCUGCUGCGAUUGUGAUGCGGACUGUCCGAAAUACAGUUGAUACUGGUCGCACUGUUGUGUGCACCAUCCAUCAACCUAGUAUUGACAUUUUUGAGGCUUUUGAUGAGCUGCUUUUGUUGAAGAGAGGCGGGCAGGUUAUCUAUGCGGGUCCUUUGGGCGACAGGUCUUGCAAGCUGGUGGAUUACUUCCAGGCAGUACCAGGUGUUCCUCCUAUAAAGGAUGGAUUUAAUCCGUCUACGUGGAUGCUUGAUGUUACCUCUCAAAGCUCGGAGCGUAACCUUGGAGUGGACUUCGCCCAGAUUUACGCCAGUUCUUCACUUUAUCAACGAAACGAGACCAUAAUCAAUGAGCUGAGCAUUUCUGCGCCGGGGUCUAAGGAUAUUUCUUUUCCAACGAAGUAUGCGCAGCCUCUGUGGGAGCAAUGCAUGGCCUGUUUGUGGAAGCAGCACAGAUCUUACUGGCGGAACCCACUUUACAAUGUCGUCCGGUUACUGUUCACCACCUUGUGUGGCGUUAUUUUGGGAAGCAUUUUUUGGGGAUUGGGCAACAACAGAACAACGCAGCAGGACCUCUUCAACCUAAUGGGAGCCAUGUACGCCGCCGUCUUGUUUGUGGGUAUCAAUAACUGUUCUGGAGUCCAACCAGUGGUUGCAGUAGAGCGCAUAGUUUUCUACAGGGAGCGUGCUGCUGGAAUGUACUCCACGUUUCCAUAUUCUUUUGCUCAGGUGACCAUAGAAUGGCCGUACGUUUUCGUCCAGUCCAUGAUAUAUGGACUGAUUGUGUACUCAAUGAUUCAGUUCGAGUGGACUGCCGCUAAAUUCUUCUACUUCAUUUUCUUCAUGUACUUGACCCUCCUGUACUUUACAUACUGGGGAAUGGUCACGGUUGCCAUCACUCCGAACGCCCAGUUUGCGGCCAUCAUCUCGUCUGCCUUCUACGGGCUUUGGAACUUGUUCUCCGGGUUCUUGAUUCCCCGUCCGCAAUUACCUGUAUAUUGGGUAUGGUACUACUGGAUCACACCAACUGCGUGGACGCUUUAUGGUUUAAUCGGCUCCCAGCUAGGCGAUGUUUCCAGCACAAUGGAGGCCAAUGGUAGACAGGUCGUGGUUCGAGAUUAUUUAAAGGGUUAUUUUGGUUUUGAACGGAGUUUCUUACCGUAUGUUGCCGUUUGGCAUAUUGGCUUAGUGUUGCUCUUCGGCCUUGUUUUCGCGACUUGCAUCAAAAUCUUCAAUUUUCAGAAACGGUAGUAACUUCACACCAAUUUGAGUUUGACGACUUGGAAGUGAUUUCAAGUAUAGUUCGCGAAGGUUGAGGUGAAGCUUCAUCGGAAACGAGAGAAGUUGAACGUCUCACUUCAAUAUGGAGACACUUUCGGUGUAUAAUUAUUGAAAAACAGAAUAUUUCUUACUCUGAGAAGAAAGGGUUGAACCCCUAUCCUAUCAGUUUCGUCGGUCAAAAGAUUCCAAGUUAGGCUAUGUACUAUAUGAAACGCAGCAUUUGUAGAUGAGUAGGUUUUUUCUUAUAUUUCAUUGAGAAACUCUUUUUAGUGAAGAACCCUAUGGGUAAUUCUAUUGGUGUCCAUAGGACUUCAAAAUUAUUUCUGUUUUGUUUCUCAAUGGAGGAGGUAUCUUAUGUUUCCGGCGCCUAUUUCUUAAAAUUCGAAGAGCUUCCAAGUUCGAAAGAGUGGAAGCAUGGAUUCCCAUACUGGAACAAACCGGCCACGUCAGGUGAACCUCCCUAUCUGUGCUUCUUGUUCAUCUGAAUCUGCACACUAUACAAUUCACCAUCAGCUGUUGAGGCAGAUGGAGACAGUGUAAUAACCUUAGACCAUUGCCAUGAAGCAGCAGUCGAACCAACAUCCUGCAGUACAUUCCAGAACUUCGAACCCGAAGAAAAAUAAAAAUAAGAGACAGCAGUGUGGUGUCGGUUUGGUCACGAUAAAACUUUUCCUCAGGACGCACUCAUUGUCCACCUCCGAAGAGCACUGGGGAUCACACAGGGCCCACCGAGGGAUUGCUACUAAGUCAAGCGGUUCAUCAUGGACACACCGUCUGCGCUCCCAUGCAUAUGUGUGCCUGAGCAUGACUGCAUUUCUUUCAUGAACGAAGACGAUGAAGAUGAUGAUCAAGUGGGUGUUUCACCGACAUGCUUCCACCGGCAACUGUCGUAGAAACAGUCAACAUGUCCACACGGUGUCAAGGGAGAAGGAUGGAUGGAUGGAUGGACGGUUACAUUAAUGGGAUUGUGAUUGUUUGGUGCCUACAUGUCAACAAAUAAUGUCAUACACUUGGUGAUGUAAUUGGGUUGUUGAAGGGGUGGCGUGGCUUACAAGUUGGUUGGAGCUCGUAUUAGAUUUUUUUUUGUUUUCUUUCAACAAAAAGAAAUUUACAAUUCUAUAUGUUGCAUUUGUAAUGUGCGUAAAACAAAUGAAGAUAUUUGUUUA